AUGAGAAUUCACCUUUUGGCAAAACAUUUAUCUCAUACAUUAAGGAUCAUCAAGAACAAACGGAACACAAGCAAAUGGGAAGAUACGAUCACUCGAAUCUCGGAGAAGGCUCAAAAAAUCAAGAAACGGAAAGAAAUGGAAAAGAUGUUCCAGAAACGGAUGAACGUAUUCACAGAAGCUGCAGAAGGUCUGAACCCCAAUGAUUCCGACGCCCAGGAGCUAAUGGAUCUGGAAAAGUAUAUCAGAGAUGAUAAUCUCAAAUCCAUGGUUCAUAAGAAAGCUGGAAAUCUAACGGAUCAGGAUCGGAUGAUGUUGAUUCCUAUGCGGUUGAUCAGAGGCGCAGCAAAACUAGGAUUGACAAUGGCAGGGCAGAAUACAACGGAUUUCGACAGGAAGGUAGUAAGGAUCUUUAGUCCGAAGAUGAUGAGUGUGGUUCCAGCGAAUGAGGACGAGAAGAAGGAUGAGGUGGGUGCAGGCUACAGUAAUCCUUAUACAAUUAAUUUCCAGAUUGACAUCCUAUCCCCUUCUCUAUUCUCUCUUCAUCACGAUGGAUCAGAAAUUGAGAAAGAAGUGUCCCUACAAAACUUGCUGGGGUCUCUAACGGCCAACAAAGAUACAUCAGACCUUCUUGACUUUAUCACCGAAGCUACUGGAGUUGAUGAAGCUAUGGAACGAGUUGAGCAGAAGAUUGAGCAAAAUUUUCAGUCGGAAAGGGGUCCUGAAGGGCAACCAUUGUAUUUUACAAAAGAAAAUGUGACUGAGAAAUAUCCAUUGGAAGCGAGAAAGAUUGAAACUUUUGAAUUAUUGGAUAAGACUUUUUCGAUGGAGCAGCUUCGGGAAAUGAAUCGAACUGGGUAUACAAUCAUGCGGCAUGAUCAAAUGGAACUGAUUUAUGGGAACAAUUCGGUUCAUAAGAAUCCAGAAUUUUUGAACAGAGUCAAGGGAAUGAGUCGGUCUGAAAUCGACAGAAACAUCAUGGGAACUAUUGGAGACUUGGCGAAAGAGAAAAUAAAAUUCGAGGCGCGAAGGAAUGAUAUUGUUUUGUCACCUGUUACAUUCACCAACUUUGUUUUCGAUCCAGUGUCCGUCUCCCAACCUACCAUCCUCUCUCCAAUCCUAAUCGUCUCUCUUAUUGGAUCGCCUGCAAUAUACGGAGUCAUGAUCCUAUCUCCUUGGCUUAUGGUACCCGUGAUCCUCUCUCCCCGAAUCUUCUCUCCCGUUGUGCUUAACCCAUUCGUCAUGGUCCCUAUCAUCCUCUCUCCUCUAGCAUUCAACCCUUUCAUUCUUUGCCCAGGUGUCAUGAACCCAUUCGUUUUAUCUCCUCUCAUUUUUUCUCCGUUUAUCUUGUCACCCCAAGGGUACAACAGUAUAAGCAACAGCAGAGACAUCGACACUUAUCCAGACAGCAUCCUUCUGGAAUCGAACAGCAGUUUGUACUCCAUGGUGUUGGAUCGUAGUAUCUGA